GGGUGUAAAUUAGAGAUAGAUGAUGGUGAGGAUGACCUUAGAUUGCAAGAUCUGUGCUGAAAGUGCUGGAUUUCAGGAAAAAAAAAAUGCUGAAAAUGCUAAAAAUUAAAAACAAAAUUAAAGGGAUUAAUUUUUGCAUCUAACCAGCUACAAAAUCACCCUCACCUUUGUAGACGACAGGUAGAUGAUGGAGGAACAAACAUGUGCAAAAAAGGGCAAAAACUGGGAGGAAAAUGGGAAGUUGAAAUGGGAAAUAGGCGAAGGGAUGGAGGAAGAAGAGGAGUCUGUAGAAUCACUUUCCGGUCCAAAAAAGUGAGAAAAGCUUACCGAACAUCAUCUCAACCAGACGUACAUUGGGCCAGCUUUUCCGAAUCAUAACCUAUCCAGAUAAUGAAUCUUAUCCAAACCU